AUGGUAGCCGUGCGCAUCUACGGAUUCCAGAAAGAAAACCUCGAUAUCCCCGCUCACCUCGUCACAAUCAUACCUACAGCACUACGCGAUGCAUUCUAUCGCGCGCGAUUCAUAGCUGGCCGGGCCUUUCGAUAUUUAGAGUAUAUCGAAAUCCGCCAGGCAAAUCGCUAUCAGGCGAUGUGCCCUCGCACGAGCAGAAACUACUACAGCCAUCAGAUGUCUGUCUUACGUCUUUUCAGCUGGCGUCAUGAUUACCACUGGAGAAACCCGACGCUUGCUCCCACCGAGAAGCUCGACCCGGCCAUUCUUUGCUUCCACAUCGAUCAGUCUGCGUACCAGAGCUAUCAAGCAGUCUUCGCCAAGUACCAAGAUGCGUUCAUGUCUGGUCCUUUCCGGGUGUGGCAUGACGCCAAGCGCGCGGUGGAAGCAACAGCCGCUAAGUCGAACCUGAGCGAGGUGGAACAAAGAAUGUGGAAUCAGUUCUGGCGUGUCAACUUUCUGGGCGAGAUGCAGAAAUGGGAGUCUCGCGCUACGGCCCUCGCCAUCCCGUCUUGGGAGGAGAUUGUCGAUGAGCUCUACGAUGCGAUCUUGGAAUGCGUGGAGGGAGCAGAGGAUAUGUUGGCUAAUCCUGCUCAUGGCAUUGCUAGCAACAGUGGUCUCUGA